CGCGCUCAGCCCCGGAUGCAUGACUUCAUCCUUCCGCCUGGGUUUCCUUUAUGGUGUAGGGUUGUCCCAAGCGCUCUGCUCAGACGCUCGUCGAGGCUGCUGGACGCCGCACGCGCUCGCUCGCUGGCUCCUUUGCUCGCCUGCCCCAAUUGCUCAGCGCCUCUUGAUCCUCUCGGAGCCUCGCCCCCGCCUCUGUCUCGCUCUCUCUGCGUGGAGCAGAAAGUGACCCAGGUGCCGCCGCCGCCGCCGCCAGCACCAUGUCUGAGAUCCUGCCCUACAACGACGACAAAGUGGCCCGCUAUGGCACCGACUCGGAAGUCGGAGACAUCUCCUUCAGCUGCCGCCUGCAGGACACCAACUCCUGGGGCAACCAGUCCAAGCGGCCCCCCAAGCUGGGCCAGAUUGGCAGAGCCAAGCGAGUGGUGAUCGAAGACGAUAGAAUAGACGAGGUCUUGAAGGGGAUGACAGACAAGUCGCCUUCUGGGGUAUAAAUCAGCACGGAAGGCGCCUGCACCCAGCUGCAGACUGAUCCCUGAAUUUUUAAAGCACUUUUGGCUGCGCAUGUUUGUUGGGAUUGUGGACAACAAGGAAAGCAAAAGGAAGGAGAUGAGGCUGCUGGCAACACCCUCCACCCCCAACGCAGACCCCCAGCCCGAAGAGGUCACUUGACGGGGGCCACCAUCUCACCCUCCUCCGCAUCCAACGGAGAGCAUAAGGGACAAAGAGACCUUGCCACCCAACUCUGUCCUGGUUACCAAUGCACGAUGCCCAUCCCCGGAGUUGCAUCUUCAACAACAGCCCUUCUUGAAGGGGCUUCCUCUCUCUCUCCCCCAACCUGCCCCUUCCUUCCUCCGUUGCGGAAUGGAGCUCUUGCGCCUUGGGGAGCUGUCCAUUUCAGCACCAUCGCUUGACGCGCGGAGCCGUCCGCUCCAGCACCAUCUUUCCGACGCGCCUGCAGCUCGGGGAGCUAGCUGUCCAUUGCAGCACCAUCCUCUUGGAGGCUCUUGCUGUGGAGCCGUCCAUUGCAGCAGCGCCUUUCCCUGCGCCCGUGCUGGGGUGCUGCCUGUUUUCCCAUGUGCCCGAACCUUCCAUCAUCCCGCCCUCCCCCCUCCCAAUUCCUUCUGUCCAGCCCUCAGCAGCAGCAGUGUAGAGUCCCCUCUUUGGCUUGGGCGACCCCCUCCAUGCCACGAUUUGAAGGUGCUGUUCCUCUGAGAGCUCUGAGCCACUGGAUUGCCCAGCUCUCUCCAUUUUUAAGGGUGGGGGGAGGUCUCCUGUAGCGAUGCACUUUACGCCUUUCACAUUUUCGGGGUGGCUGUGUAGCUGACAUCUGCAUAGACGUAGAAACGAAUAUACAUACACACACUUAUACAGACACACUUGCGCGCACACUUCUCUAAAUAUAACAGGUUCAUCGUGUUUGCAGUCAUGGCGUCUAUAUUCCAAACCGGCAACCAUCCCGUAAUACACAGUAGCUCCCCCCCUGAAAUAUAACACCAACCUGUAAAACCCCAGCCCGUUUGCAAAAUACCAGCAAACCCAAAGCCCAAAGCCAGCAGUGCUGAGUGGAAGACAGAGGUUCUGACAUGGAUGGACUAUAACAUAAAAGACAGUGAUUGUUUUGCUGUCGAGAGACAUUUUUGCUCCAUCUUUUUUGCAUGAGCUUCCUGGUCUUGGUGCCACGUCUUGGUGCCACUAGUCAUCCCACUAUGGCACGCUUCUUUUUAACAGAAACUCCUCAUAUUUGUAUUUUUAUAUCUGAAUAUUUGUUAACAACAAUCUGCUAAUGUCUAAUGUCAAAAACGUUGCAUCAAAAGAUUGUUUGUAUUUUUUUUCUUCCCCAUAAAGGCAAGACAGGAAAGGUUUUAUAAGAUGGAUUUCCCCCUUGGAAGGCAGAUAUAGAGAAAUAGUUGGCGCUCUUAAUUAUAUAUCAGUAUUGGACAGGACUUCUUGAAUGUGUUUGAGGUUUUGCACACAUCAUCGUUAACAAGAAAUGUAUUUAAAGAGUCUUAUACUGUGAUCAAUGGCUUUGUUGAUGGACUUUGUAGGAACAUGAAGAAUUUAGAAAAAAAAAUACUAUUGCACUGUUUAUGAAUGUGUUCAGAUAACUUGCUGGUUAUUUGAUGCCUCUUUAUUAGAAGGGGAUGUUCAGAGUUGUUUUUAAUUUUGUACUUUAAUUUAUUUAUUUUUUAAAAUAAGCUUAUUCUUGUCCGUUGUGCAUGAGAAACCUUCAUCUUUUCAAUAAUAUACGACAUUUUAUGAAGACAAGCAAAAAAACAAAAAUUAUUGUCAUGACAUUCUAAGAAUGACCCAUUGUAAAUUUUAAUGCCAUUUUUCACUGUACUGGUGAACAAAACUUAAUGAAUAAAUACAUACAUGUACUGAAAUGGAA